AUGGAACCGAUGAUAAGCCAGAGCUGGAAAGGUAACACACCUCAAUCUUCCAAGGACACCAAGUACAAUCGAAAGACAGCAUGGACCCGCCCUCCUUCUCCUUCCAACCAGGACAGGAACAAGCCAAAUUCAAACCCCAUUUGCGUUUCCAAUCCCGACAAUAUGGCGUACAAUCCACAUGUCGCCGCUGCCAGUGAAAUUGGCCAAACUACGGGCUCAGCACAAAAGCUCUCUCCAACAGCCCCGGAAUUCAAACUCUUACCUCGCCAGGAAAACCACUAUGUCCCGACUGUUAAUCAAACCGCUUCAGCAGCGCCACAAUGUACUAGCCAGGCCAACACAUAUGGAAUCAAUCAAACAUUUCCCAUCAUGGCGACGUCAAGUUGUGAAGGCCCUACUCUCCUUCCUCCGCCAGCUCUUUCAGCGCAGUGGACCGAAACUGGCCAAGAUAUCACCCUUCUACAAUUUCUACAAGAGACACAGCAGCCAGAGCAUGGAGAACGAAGCACCGGCACCAUUGCAGUCGACAACCGGGGCCCGCUGCUGGAUAUCACCCAUCAGAACCAGCUGUCCCCCGAUGCUCUUGUAGAGGCAAUGGAUAGCAUAGCUAGUCGUGGACUUGGUGAGGAAGCUUCCCAUGAUCUACCUUAUGCCCUCGACCAAUUCGCCAAUCAAUAUCAUGCGGAUCCAUUGGCCAAUCUCCUUACAUUUGUACAGCAAGAUCGGAACAAUCUUGUAGCCUAUUAUGAACCCAAUUUAAAAGAUGCUGACAUGAGUGCAAGAGCUGCUGAGAUGCACGAGGAUUCCGCCAACAUUGAAGUAAAUCGGCUCAGAAACGAGUUGAAUAACGCCAGAAAAGCUCUCACCACGCUGACCGGGAAGUUGUAUGAACCCCAACUCGGCGAGAUCAGGGUCCUGAAAACCCAAAUCAAAGAUCUCCAGGAGAAGCUCGUUGAUGGAUCUAAAGCGUCGAUGUCGACCGCUGCAGCGGACGAAAUUGCCAAACUUCGAAAAGAAAAUGCCCGACUCAAAAUGGAGCUUCGAACUAUUAGACCGGAGAUAGAAAUCAAGGCAAGCGAAGAAGCAGCCAGGCUUCGAGGGAUCCUUCGAACGAAGGAGCACCAGCUUGACGAAGCCGAUCAAGAUAACUCAGAACUGAGACCCUUGAGGGGCGUGGUCAAGAGCCUGAAGAGGAAGGAUCUGAAAGCCACUGUGUUUGCAGCUGUAAUGGUAUCAGCACUUCGAAUCCGGAAAAAGCAACUGGAUCAGCUUACCAGGCAAAACGAAGAGCUUAAAAUGCGGAUCGACAGCAUUCAGACCGAGAACCAUGACUUCAAGAAGCAGAACGACGAGCCUCAAGAUGAAAACAGCGAGCCUCGGGAGGAGCUUGGGGAGCCGCAGACACAACCACGUGAAGUCAGCAAAAUAGCCUUUGACGUGAUGCUGCAACGGGACGCAGCGAUGGCGGGAUGGAAGUAA